ACCACGGCGCGAAGCAGACGCGUUUCUCUCUCUUUCUCCUCCUUCAGGCGGGCCAUCGAUCGAUCCUCGCUCGGUUCGAAUUAAUAACAAAUACUGGAACAAAAAAAAACAAAAAUAAAAAACUCAGCGAAUUCGAGCAAAACAAACAGCAAACACUAGUUGCAAAUCAAACAAAAGAAAAACCGCAAGCGAAACGGAAAGAACCGCUUGCAAAACGGUUAGCGAAGUGAUCAACACGCUUUUUGUGUCCUUUUUUUUUUGAUAUUUUCUUUUGUGUGUGCUCCACUUGCGAUCGUUAAUUGUUGACCGCGUGCAACGCCCCACCCCUCUUCCCCCGCUGCUGUCAUUACCGUCAGCCCAUCAGCAACAUCGCAGCAGCAACAUCAGCAACAUUGGCGUCCAAAAGUAACGGCCACCGUUCAAGUGCAACAGUUUUCGAAAGUUGCCGCUAACGCAUCCUGUUUGUCAGCCUUCGGAAUUUGGAAUUGGAAUCGGAACUUUAACUGGAACAGCCAGGAGAAACGGCGGAAUCGGGCCAAGGACCUUAUAGAAACAUCACCAUCAUCAGCAGCAACCACAGUAACGGCAGCAACAUGCAACAUCAACAUCAACUGCAACAACACAAACAAGUGCGCUGCAGAAAUCUACGAAGAAAUGUAGAAAUCGGUGCUAAGAAGAUUUGGCUGCCGCUUAUCAUUUUCCUUUCACUGCAGGUCGCCCUCGUCUGCGCCGACGAUGUGGAGGUGGUGAAGGCCAUUGCCGGCGGACCGGACGACGAUCUGACCAUCGCCCUCGGCGACCACGAGAACGAGCUGGACCAGAUGGCCCAGGAGUCGGAGCAGGAGCAGCAGGCCCAGGCGCAGCAGCAGCAACAGCAGCAGCAGCAGCAACAGCAACAGCAGCAGCAGCUGCCGCAGAUCCAGAUGCAGUUGCCGCAAUCGGUGCCCAAGGUGCAGGUGCACUACCAACACAACAUGCCCCAGCCGCCGCCCAGUGUGGCCGUCGGUCUCACCAUGCGCAACAACCACCAGAACAUCCCGCUGAGCUUUGGCCAGCCCUUCGGACCUCCCCCACCCCCAGGCGCCCAGUUCUACAAGGGACCGCCGCCGCCGCAACUGCAGCAGCGACCGCAGCCACCGCCCCAGAUGCAGUUGCAGGUGCAACCGCAGCAGCAGCAGCAGCAGCAGCAGUUGCAGCAGGGCCAGCAGCAGCAGGUGCAGGUGCCCGACUUGAGUGUGGGUGCAUCUAGCAACAACGAGAUCUGGGCGGCUCCCGUCCAGGACAUGCCCAAGAUCGUGUCCCUGGACGUGAAGUGCGAGAAGAACGGGAUGAAGGUGUUCGUGCAGUUCGACAAGCCCUUCAACGGGAUCGUCUUCUCCAAGGGCCACUACAGCAACAUGAACUGUGUGCAUCUGCCGUCGGGAUUGGGCCGCAGCUCGGCCAGCUUCGACAUCGGACUCCACGAGUGCGGCACAGCGGGCAACACGGACAACUACAACCAGGGCUAUGGCCACGAGGCGGGCAGCACGGGGGCGGGCACCUACUUCGAGAACAUCAUCGUCAUCCAGUACGAUCCGCAGGUGCAGGAGGUGUGGGAUCAGGCCCGCAAGCUGCGCUGCACGUGGCACGAUCAGUACGAGAAGAGCGUCACCUUCCGUCCGUUCCCGGUGGACAUGCUGGAUGUGGUGCGGGCCGAUUUCGCCGGCGACAAUGUCGGCUGCUGGAUGCAGAUCCAGGUGGGCAAGGGUCCGUGGGCCUCCGAGGUGUCCGGCCUGGUCAAGAUCGGCCAGACGAUGACCAUGGUGCUGGCCAUCAAGGACGACGACUCCAAGUUCGAUAUGCUGGUGAGGAACUGUGUGGCGCACGACGGCAAACGGGCGCCCAUCCAACUGGUGGACCAGCGGGGCUGCGUCACCCGGCCCAAGCUGAUGUCGCGCUUCACCAAGAUCAAGAACUUCGGGGCCUCCGCCUCGGUGCUGUCGUACGCCCACUUCCAGGCCUUCAAGUUCCCCGACUCGAUGGAGGUGCACUUCCAGUGCACCAUCCAGAUCUGCCGCUACCACUGUCCGGAGCAGUGCUCGGCGGAGACGAAUCUGCAGGACGUGCACCACCUGCAGGUGGGUCCCGAAUCGCAGUACGGCCCGCCGCCGCAGCUGCAUGUGGAUGCCUACCAUGUGGCCAGUGCCAUUGGCAAGCGGCGGGAUGAGAGGCGCGUCCAGAGGCGGGCCCGUGCGGUGGCCGAGCCGCAGGUGGGCCUGAACCGGAUCAUCAAGGUGGUCUCCUCCGGGGACCUGACCUUCGCCAUCGACGAGCAGGCGGGCAAUGGGAGCAGCUCGUUGAACGGAUCCGGCGCCGGCGUGGACCGCAGUCCACAAACCAUGGUCUUUCCGCUGCGCGAGGAGGGUCUGAUCUGCAUGACCACGCCGGGCUUCGCCAUCACGCUGAUCGUGCUCCUGGGCAUCCUGAUCACAUCCUGCCUCACCUCCGCCGUGCUCUACGUCCGCCUGCGUCCGUUCUCGUCGUUCGCCGCCAGCGCCAAGGAGCGGGCCGUCGCCUUCACGAAUCCCCAGCUGGCACCGCUCCCAGUCAUCCAGCUGCCGUCGCCGGCGGAUUUGCAGGGAACGCUCUCCAAGAAGCGGGCAAUGUCGUGAGCACGCCCGGACUGUGCGACUGCCACUGGUUCCGAGGGCGGAGGCCAAAUACCGGUGGCUAGGCACUGGCACUAGUGCUAGUUGGGAUCAGGUCUUGGGGGUUUCCGUUUGGGGCACACAGCUAGUAGAAAAAGGUAAACUUUCACAGCUAAAGAGUCUUUAUUGCAACCAUUAUUCAAAUCGGGUUUCAAAUCAAUUGGUACUAAAAUCAAAUCAACUUUCGAAUCAAAUUAAAAUUGAUUUAAUUACAUAAUAACAAUUGAUAUAAAAUAUGUCUAAAAUCUUCAUAUCUGCUUCAUAGCAAAUAUUAAUCGGGCUUUAAAUCAAUUAAAAAUUUAAAAGUCCAAUUAACUUUCGGAUCAAUUUCAAAUCAAAUAAAUAAAUAAACAGCAAUUGAUAUGAGAAAUAUUUAAAAUGAAAUUUCAAAAUUGUUUAAAAAUUUUGUAACACUUUUUGAGAGUUAUUUCUGAAAUCCCGACUGUUAAUAAUAAGAAUAUCCAAAUCAAAUAU